AUGAAUACGUAUAAUAAUGAUGAUAGACAUUAUCGAUAUGGGAAAAAUGAAAACUACGAUAAUAAUUCAAUACUUCUGAAUCGUGUAUCAAAAAAGAUGCAAUCUCAUCUUGCAAAUCGUAUUUCACCUGGCGACCCAUGUCGUGUCUGCGGUUUCGAAAAAAAUACAGGCCGAAAUUUUGGUGUUAUUACUUGUUCGACGUGUAAAGCUUUUUUUCGACGAAAUGGUCGAGCUAGUUCCAUUUUACCACCUUGUCGUUUCGGUGGUCAUUGUCCAGUUAAUGAACGUACACGACGACAAUGUCCAGCUUGUCGUUUAGCAAAAUGUUUUGCGGUUGGUAUGCAAAAAGAUUUAAUACGAACGGAUGAAGAACGUGCUGCUCGUUUACAACUUGUUAAAGCAAAUCGUUUACAACGACAAGAAAAAAUUAUAAUAGGAUCAUUAUCAUCAUCAUCAUCACCAUUGCAAAAACAUAAUCGUCAUAUGUCACAUGAUUUAUCUGCAUUAAAUUAUCUUUCAAUUGAUAAAUGUUCAGCACCAUUAUCAUCAAAUGAUUGGAUACAAAUAACUAAUAUGCAAAGUGCAUAUGAUCAUUUUUGUUUACAUCCAAUAUUACAAGCUGAAGAACAACGAGAAGAAUAUCUAAGUGGACAACCAAUUAAAUGUCGAUUAAAAGAACAUACAUUUAUAAAUCUAUUAACUGUUCGUCUUACAUCAUUAGUAUCAUUUUUUCGUGCAACAAUUCCAUCAUUUUCAAUGGAUAUGAAUAGUAAUGAUCGUUCAUGGUUAGUUAGAACUAAUAUACAUUAUUUAUUAUUAUUUUCAUCAAUGGAUUUAAUGAAUUUAAAUAAUAAUAUUGUACAUUUUGAUCCAAAACGAUGUUGUAAUACUGUUUAUGUACAUGUUUAUGGACAUGAUGUUCUAUCGCGUGCAGAAUAUUUAAUACGAAAAUUAAAUAAAUUAAUUGGUCAUGAUCCAGUUAUAAGUAAAAUUGUUCAAGUUAUAUUAUUUCUAACUCCAUGUCUAGUAACAAAUUAUAAUCCGGAUUUUUAUUAUCAACCAUUUGAAAAAACAAUUCGUCAUAUAGUACAAGCACAAGAACAAUAUACUCAUAUAUUAUGUUCUUAUUUGACGUAUCGUUAUGGAGAAAUUGAAGGACAAAAAUUAUUAAUAUCUAUUAUAGGAGAAAUUCUUGAACAUCAAAAAUUUGGAGCUGAUGUAGAUAGAAUUUUACUUGAACGACAACCCUUUGCUAAUCUUGUUUAUACAAUGUUAAUGUCAUUUUCGCUCAAUUAA